AUGAAGACUUUGAUAUUUUUGUGUUUCGUUUUCGCUGCCGUUUCCGCAAAUUUCAUCCCGAAUGAGUUUCUGGGACGAUGGAAGCACGAUAAGGACAUCAAAUUCGAUGAAUAUUUGGAGUCAAAAGGAGUGAGCUGGUUUGUUCGCAAGAUGAUUCUCUUCGCCGGUGUCACCAAGGUGUUUGCUAAAGAUCCGAAUGAUGCAGGUUCAUAUGUGAUGGAGAAUCUCACUUCAAAGAAAAACACCAAAUACGAGGGAGUGAAAUUGGGACACGAGUUUACUGCCGAGGGAAUGGAUGGGAAAAAGCAUAAGAUAACUUUCUCAUUCAACGACGGGAAAUUGUUCGAGAAGCACAUCCGAAUUGAAAUCGACAAAACGCCUGAAGAAGUCUACAAAUUUUUCUUGAAGGAUGACCAACUUGUGAUGGAACUCGAGAACAACGGCAUCGUCGCUCAACGGAUCUUCAAAAAGGCC